AUGCCUGCAGUCUGUUCCGGCAAAAUCUUGGUGACGGGUGCAAACGGCUAUGUUGCUACAUGGAUCGUGCGUAUGCUCUUGGGACAGGGCUUUACUGUACGAGGGACUGUACGUUCAGAGGCCAAGGCGGUGUCACUUCGUGAAGAGUUCACACAAGAUAGUGAUCGCCUCGAAAUAGUUGUCGUCGAAGACAUGACCAAAGCAGGGGCAUUCGAUGAAGUAGUUGAUGGGAUAGAUGCGAUUAUGCACACCGCUUCGCCCUUGCACUACAACGCUAUGGAACCCAGCGAGAUAAUUGUACCAGCCGUACUCGGCACAACACGCGUGCUCGAGUCUGCUCUGGCCCAUGGCAACUUGGUGAAACGUAUAGUCAUCACUUCGUCCUGUGCGUCCGUGAUGCAAGUACAAGAUACCCCGCGUGUGUUCUCGGAAUCCGACUGGAAUGACGCAGCCCUUGCUGAGGUGGAGGAGAAAGGCGUUUUGGCUACCCAGCAGACCAAAUAUAGGGCGAGCAAGAUAUUGGCAGAGAGGGCUGCGUGGGAGUUCACGAAGGAGAAUAAGGACAACAUCAGCUGGGACCUCGUUGUGCUUAAUCCACCCUACGUCUUUGGACCACCGAUCGGCCGUACAGCGACGCUAGAGUCUUUGAGCGAGAGUCUGCGAGACUGGUAUCGAAAUAUUUUUCAAGGCGGGAAGACCCCUGAAGAGCUUCCUGUGGUAGGUCAAUGCUGGAUCGAUGUUCGUGACCUCGCGGAUGCACAUAUACUAGCGAUGAACAAACAGGAAGCUGGAGGCGAGCGGAUCGUUGUUUAUGGUGGUCCGUUCAAAUGGCAGGACUGGGUGAAUGCUGCGCGUGGGUGCGGGGCUGCGGUGCCACUCGGCGACAAAUCUUAUGAUCCAGCCAAAGCAGCACAUUACGUGUUGUAUGAUACUUCAAGGGCAGCCCGCUUGUUGGACAUCAAGUAUCGCACCAUCAUGGAAUGCACUCGCGAUACUAUCGAGGAUUUCAAGGGUAGGGGCUGGAUUUGA